GCCAACUGACCCUCGCAGUCCGCUUGUCACAUUUGAAUCGAGAUGAAGUACCUAAUUGCUCUGUGUCUUCUUGUAGUUUCGGCUUACGCCCAGGCUCCAAAGCCAUGUGAUUCCCCACCACAAUGGGAGUCCAGAGAAAUUAGGCAAGAUUACUCAAGGAAGUUUGCAGAGUACCGUAAACUUAGUUAUGACGAGACCAACAAAAGGAUUCGUGAGGUUGAAGAAAUCAUUAUUGGAAAUGACAAAGAAUAUUAUGAUAGGCUUUAUUUACACAACGAGAACAAGAAUUAUUCAUUAAACUUGAAAACCAGAAAGUGUGAAGUGACUGCGCUUACUAGGCCAUUCCGUUACAGAGGUGUUUACCCUCAGGCUAAAUUUGAUGGUAUCUUUAACAUCGGAGCUGUUGGUGUUUCUGGAGAAGUUGUUGCCGUUCAAGCAUGGUCUGCCAAUAUAACUGGAGGAUUCUUUUACACUGGUUUAGUAACAUAUCCUAGCUGUUAUCCUGUACAGAACAUCUACUUCAGUAAAGAGUAUGGAUUUGAACAUUCAGAUUAUUUUGAUUUGAAUAUUGGUAUUGUGGACUUGAAUGUGUUUGUACCACCACAAGAAUGUAUGCAAGCAGAAAAAAAGAUGCAGCAGAAGAAUAUUUCACCGAUAGUUUAACUCAUGAACUUUUGCAAUGAGUUGUAUUAUCACAAUAAAAAAUUAAAAAACACCAUUCGUAUAUUUA